AUGGCCGCCCAUUGGUUGAAGGGGCCUGACCAUGCGAAUCCGGACGGUCAAGGCGAAGACCUUUUCGACAGGCGAUCUUCGCUUGAGAACGGUAUCUUUGCAGUCCUUUUCACGCUUCGAAAGGAGAACACCGAGGCACGCAUCCGCAUACGUUGGACUUUGAUACAGAUAACGCUGGGCGGUUGGCAGCUCUUCACGACGGUCAUCGAUCCGUCCAAGCAGCCAUGGGACAUGAAUCCUGACAGCACGGCAUGGAAAAUUGUUGGUAUCUUGGACUUCGAGUGGCUCGUCCACGUGGGCUACAACGCCUACCUGGCUGUGCUGUACACGAUGGUGACUCUGUUGAUGGUUAAUUGUGGACUCUGUGUGUGGGUUGCUUGGUGCUUCAAGGAGCAGAAGUUUCCCGUCGUGUGGCCGGUUAAGGCCUUGAGGCUAUUCAACGCCGUAUUUCUCCAUGCUUUCGACAUUGCCUCUUUGAACGUGCUCCAGCUUGGCAUCAACUGUCGCUUCACUGGACCGGAACAUCCGCACCUGCGCUUCGACAUGUUGCCAAAAUACAGUUGCGUGAAGCCACCACACGUGAUGCACGCUGUGGUGUCUGGCUUGGCGCUGACCCUGUUUGUCGUCCUCUCCCUCGUCUCUAUUAUGGCUCAGGUGGAGGUGAACCUCCUGUCAAACAGGCCAUCAGCCCUGGGUCACAGCGGCCCUGAAAUGAUCGCGUUCAUGAUAAGGCUGCACCUUAAGGUGCAAAAAGCGUUUUGCACUGGCGACGCUAAGUGGACUGCUCCCGCUGCUGCAUAUCACAUACCUGGCUUUUUUUCAUGCUGCUUACGAGUGGACGAAGGUGCUGAUGACGCUGGUUCAAGUCGUCAUCGGCUGGCAACGCGUGGCUUCCUGCAUACAUGUGGUCCUGUCCGUGGCAUUGGCGUGGCAGUACAUUCGAUGGGUGAGGCUUCGAAUCCGCAUCUGGUGGCCUGGGUGAACUACCUGAAGGGCGGUGUGGCGGUAACCGUGGUGUGGUGCUCGGUGUCACUGACGGUGCUGGUGUUCCACCCUGGGAUCAACGGACAACAUAUGAAGGAUUACUCCCGGGCCAUAACCCUCGUGAUGCUCCUGGGCCUGGCUCCAGCCUUCACCCUCGGCGCCCUCAUGUCAUGGCGCAUGAUCUCUUACAUGACGAAGUCGGCGCUGAAGGCCCUGGCCACGGCCAAGCCUGAUGCCCCGUUGCGAGAGAUCUGCCCGAACAUCGAUAGUCCGCAGGAUGUAGAGCUCGUCGCUAGGUGCUGUCGCGUAUGGAAGGAUCGGUACAACCUUGACCCUGAUGCCGUCCACAAGGCCCGCCAAGUAAUUCAGGUACACGCCGGCCUGGCAAUGUUCCCCACCAGCGCCUACAUGGUGCUGCUUCACGGAAAUUUUAUGAUUGACGUCCUGGGGGUCAGCCAGAGCGGCAGCCGCCGCAUCGAGGACGCCCGGAAGCUGGACCCAAACUUCAUGUGCCGCUUCAUUAUGUUUGUACGGCACCAACAGGCCUCGCAACUCGCCGCGGGGAAGCAAUCCAAUGGGGGCGCUAAUAUGGACCUCCUCGCCUACGUAGAGUACCAGCGCAAGCAGCGCAUGGUGGUGCGGCUUCACCGUGAGGCGCUGCAGGCCAUCUGCAGUUUCUGGAAAGCCCUCGAUUCGUCCACGGUGUCCUUCACGACCCUCAGCAAAGGGCUUGGCAAGAUUGAGAGCUCGGUCACCCAGGCGCAAGCAGCGUACAGAGUUGUGUUGGAAACCUACGGCAAUAAUCCUAAGCUUGUACGACUGUACGGCAAGUUCUUGCAGACCAUCAAGAACGAUCCUUGGCGAGCGUCUGAGUACUUUUCAGAGGCCGAUCGACUGGAAGAGCUCAUGAACGGCGACUCAUCGGGGGGACCGCUUUUGCCGGAUGGCCAACCGGCAUGCCCACGUGCUCUUCGGUUACAGGAGAGAGCAGCAUACCCUUAUCCUCACCGUUAUGCAGCAUUGUGGAUUUUCUCAAUUUUGCAUUUAAUGCGUGCGGCCGCGGUCAGUACGGCGGCUCUGGCGCACGCCACUCGAGACGACGCGCAUGGGGACAUCAAGGAAGAGGUUGUGGUCGGCAUGCACUAUGAACGGCUGGCCUUCCCCAUUAAGCUGUCUAUGCGCAAGGCAUCCGGUGUGGGAGAGGACUCGACGUUCAUAACGAUGAUGGAGGCGGUGCCUCCUGUUCGCGGAGUUGCCAGCCUGUGGGUGGCGCAUAACGGCACUAUCGUGGCUUGCGACCCGCAGUUCGUGAUGGCAUUUGGGUGGAAGUCCCAGGAGAUCAACGGUACCAGCCUCACCGCGGUGGUCUCGAUUGCAAAUUUGGAGUGGCAACCGACUGGGGAGCGAGGAGACCUGGAGGCCGCGAGGGUCAUUGUACGCGAUGACAGCCCCAGUGACGCCGUCAAGCGGCUGAUCACACGCGCCAAGGCCGCAGCAGCCCGGGGGCGCGGUCAGCAUAGCGUUCGUUGCUUGGUCAUGCACAAGUACGACAGUCAGCCUGUGUCGUGCACGUUGACUCUUCCGGAGCCAGUGGACACCGAGGCGCCCGUUCAUGAGGUCCGUUUCAGAACGACGGAAUCCGACCAGUCUCAGCUACUUGUUGUAAAUCGCAAGGGAAACAUCUUGCACGCCGCAUCAGAGCUGGCCACAAGCUUGAAGGAUGCAGGGGGGGUCACUCUGGGGGUCAUCGCCGGUUCGACUGGCCAUGGCGGCGGGGUGGGCCACGGCAGUGCUGGUGGCGGCGGCGGCCUUGGCCAUGGCGGCGCCGCCGGUGCGAACAGCGUGGCGAUGGCAGCUGGUUUACCUGUCGGUCCCUCCGCCGACCAACUGGCGGGUUUCACACUCUGUGACUUCCUGCCUACCCCGUGGAAAGAGAUGCACAUUAAACACCUUAAGGCUACGACCAACACUUGCCCGGUCAGCCGCAACCCGUGGACGUGCCGCAAGGAGGCCACCACAGGGCCAACUCUCGAAAUGCGCAGUACCAGCGGCAAGCCGCUGUUCGUGCGUGUGUCAGUGUCAACCGCUGACGUGGCGGGGGAGCUGAACCAUGUCAUUCGGGUAACCAGAUCAUCCCUAGAAGCGGCCCUGGCAGAGAGAAGGCUGCUGUUGGAACUGAACCACGAAGGCGAGGUCAUCAACGUUGUUGGCGGCAACCCAGCGACGCUGUUUGGGCUGGAAACUGGCAAGCUGACCGGCCACCCGCUGUGGGACGUCCUCGACUGGUCUACCCUCACAGAGGCGGGCAAGCUGCCUGCCGAGGGCCGGCCGAUGUUUUUCAACCUCGUUCGGAGGGAGGUGGUUGAACCCGGUUACAGCUGGCGUGUGAACGUUUCGCCUCCUGCAAGGCUGGGCCCGGGCACGUCGGAGCUCUUUGCACUUGCGAGGUCAAACAGCGCAAGGCCGGCAUUCCUCAAGGUGCAUAUUGAAAUGGCCGCCCCUGGGAACGAAGAUGCUGGCCAAAGCCACAAGGUCUUCAUUGAGCUCUGGCCGGCACCCAACCUCUCGGGCGUUCUGGAGGUGGACAGCAACGGCCGGGUGCGCACGGUGCUGGAAGAGCGCAUGCGACCCGUGGGUCACCUGUUCGGCGUCUCCAGUCCCAGCUUGGUGGGCAAGUUGCUUUCCGAGCUCGUAGUGAUGCCGCAAGGGCGCACCAAGCCGAGCGACUUGCUUUCGAUGAACGGCGUCAAAAAGAGCAGCCUCAAGUCAAGCUCGGCCGACGCGGCGGUGAAGCAAUCUACUGUUGGGGGGGUAGCGGCGGGGGGGACGUCUGAGGCGGAGGACGAGGUGCAGAAUUUUCGAACCAUGUUUCCCAGCUUCACCAGAGAGGAGUCCUUGAGAGUAUUGGCCUUGCCGCCUCCCCCGAUUCCGCCUGACGUGUUGGGCCUGCCCGCCGUGCCAGCCACCGCGGCACACGUGCACCGUCCGCGAAGGGAGAAGGUGGCGACUGGUACCGCCGGUGACAAAGGGAAGACUGAGGACCCCGAGGAGCUACGGAUCCGCCUUCGCAAGGCCUCCGUGGGAACUGAGACCGUCAUGGCAACGGUGGAGGCGGCGGCAGCAGAGGCUGCAGCUUUUGAGGAAGGUGGAGGCGGCGGAAUCGGAAGACGCAAGGUUAGCGGUGCCAGAACCCGGCGCCAGGUGACAUCGUCACCACCGCCGCGACCGCCGAUAGACGACGGCGGCUCUACGGAGGGCGGCGGCAAGGGCCCUUCAUCAACUAAGAGCCCAGAUGCUGCGGUGGGGGCGGGGCAGGGGCAGCGGCCCAAGGACGUCACUGAUGAUGAGGACGCCGUUAGCUCUCGGUCCGGUAGUGAUGAAGACCGAACCUUAGGGUCAUCGUCACAGACUCCAGACGCUCAGUCUGUCUUGGGUGCACCCAGCGGGGCUGGCGAUAUGGACCACGAGAAGGUUUGGCAAUCCACAACGCCUGCUGCAGACCGCAUUGCUAACUGGAUAACGAGCAAAGGCGUGUUUUACCAAAACUCAGUGGCACCGCUGGAUGCGUACGACCCCAAGAGUGAUGAUGAGGGGUCAAGGCUUAGCGAUGAUGGUGUCAAGGAUGAUCUGCCUCAGGGCCCAGUCGACAUCCGUGCCCUACUACGUAAAGGGCUGCAGGAGACCGAGACGACCGUCGCUGCGAAGGCAAAGCCGGACAUGCGGGAACCUCACUCAGUUGACGGGUCGCCACCCCUAACGACGCGCCCCAGUCGGGACCUGAACGGGCUCGCGGAUGACGACGCCGCCAGCGAUGGGGGCCAGAGUGCCCUGUCUGCGCAGUCGGAUGACGCCACUGAUUAUAAACGUGGCAAGCGCUAUCGGAAGCUCGUCAAGCUCAUGGACUCGGGCCAGGCACAGUUGGUCCAGCAGCGCUUCCGUACCAACGCGCUGACCACGGUCGCUAUGUUAGCUGCUGUGCAUAUCGUCUGUUUUGCGCUCACCAUCUACGCCAUCGAGACCAAGCGGGGCAGCAUGGUGGAGCUGGGCCGCACUGGCCAGGCGCAGCGGUACAUGAACCAGACCAUUACCGACUUGUACGACGUGCACGUCCUUAUUUUCGGACAGAUCAUUACAGACGUCCGCUCGUUGGACAAUAUUGCCAAGAACAAGACGCUUCCAACCUUAUAUACACGGGAUGACGCCAAGGCAAGUGCAUGUGCAAGCACAUGUGAAGUCAGGACCAUACCGGCAAUCCUGGGCGGUCGAUUCCGGGUGAUGAACAUCGUGGCACGCAUCGCAAGAGGGGCAGAUGAAAUUCAAGCACGCAUGAAGGAUGUCCUUGACAAGCACCACUCGAGGAUCUCCAAAGUCCAUGAGGUGCUCUUCCAUUCGAGACGCCGGGCGUGGAAAGGCAACGAUGUAGAUGGGUCCGAUGUUUAUACCAAUCUGACGAUAUGGGACUUUUCCACUCGGUUUAUCGCCAUGGCUAAGCAAGUCGAACAGCAUGCGGACGUCUGGCUGGCGAAUAACGUCAGCAUAGCUGACACGGAAGCCGGCCAGUUCCUGAUCAAGAGCGGCCCGGACUUUUGGAGCGCUUCUAGACAGGCAAGCACGCGGCCGUAUUUAUUACCUACCCCUGGCCACCCGUUACCCGUUGACGUGGCGGCUAUUUCACUAGGGCGCCUGGCUACGGUCCUUGAUUCUUUGCUCUACAUGGCAGUGGGCGAUGCCCGCUGGGUGGAGGAUUUACAGCUUGCUAUCCUAACAACGGAGGGAUUCGGCAUCACCUCCUUCGCUGCAUGUUACCUAGCUUACAUUAUCCGCGCCUUGGUCGCGCAAAGGUAUAAGCUUUAUAACACCUUCAUGGUCAUUCCGGCGGGCCUUGCACGCACUCUGGCGUCGCAAAAUACUUCGCUUGACGUGGACGGCGACGAUGACGAAGAUGAAGAUGAUGAGGAUGACAAACCUUCCAUAACUGGAGGCCAGCAGGAGGAGUUAGGGAGCGAUGGGGGCGGGUCAGGAGAGGGCUUGCCCGCGGCAGCAGUGAAGCACAAACGCCGCGCUACACUCAACGUGGAGCGGAACUUAGACGCUACGGGUGGCGGCAGCGGUGGCCGCAGCGGUGCCUCCACGUCAGCGCGCGGCGGCGGCAGAUCGUUAUCCGCUGGCAGUGAGGAUGAGGUGGUGCGCAUCAGCGGUGGGCAUGACAAGAGCUCCCUCAGGCAAAGACAACAGGCGGAGUCGCUGCUGCUAUCUAACGUCAGCUCAGUCGCUGCUGCUGGCGGCAGUGGCGGUUACUUGGGGCAGUUGAUGCGCCGAGUGCGCGGCACGUUUUUCCGACGUGGCUCGGUGGCGCCCCAUCCACUUUUGGCCGACAACGCCUGGGGCACGGCCUCAAAACGGAAGCUGAAGUACGACUCGCAUGAGACUCUGAUGGUCGUCACGCCGUUCGCCAUGUGGGCGUUGCUGGUUUUUUACAGCCAGGAACUAGUCUCCAUUGACGAUCCGGCGCUCCUCAAGGCGCGUCGUGCUGCAGUGGCGAAUGUCUUGAAGCUUGUGCGGGAUGCCUGGUACACCCUGCAGCUGGGAGAGCGCGCCUUCAAGUCGAUAGGAGACGACGCGGAGCGCUUUCCCUUGGUGAAGGAGGGGAUGGCGUAUGCGUCCCAAGAACUUGCGGACCUUUUCUACAAAGGUGGUCCGUGUCACCAGGCGGCAUGUCCAGGGCCAAGUUAUCGAUUCUACGAAAUCACUCGGACAAGCCUGGACAGCAUGAUGCAACAGUACUUGAUGCGUCUCGAUGCGUUGGCGUACGACAGGAGCCCCAACCCUCCCGGACUAUCCAACUCUGACUUCGACCUAAUUUACAACAUCGGCACAAAGGACUUGUUGAAUGGCGCCGUUGCGAUCCAACUAACCCACCUCGACAUCAUCUUGAACCGCUUCAGAGGUGUGUUUAUCCUUCAUGUGGUCCUCUUCAUCCUUCUGUGGGUGAUCUUCGGCGGCUUCAUGGUGCUGAUGCUCUUCCCGCUCUUGAGGCGGAUAUCGCGCGAGAGACGCCGGGUCGCUGAGCUCCUCAGCCAGCUGCCCCUGGAGCUUGAUGUGGAGAAGCUGGUGGCAAGGGCGCUAAGUGCCACCGCUGGCGCCAGCGGCGGCGGUCCUGGUUCCUUCAAGGGCGCGUCCCUGGGUGCCAGUGGCAGCGGCGGGUCUGGCGGCGGCGGCGGCGGCGGCCUGUUUGGGGCCAUCUCAAGUUUGCGCUCGGCCGAGCCAGCAGCAGCAGCAGCAGCAGCUGGGUCGCCCGGAAACAUGGUCGAGACGGACAACGCGAGCAAGUGGAAGGCAAUUAUCAAGUACGUACGUGCGUACGCAACACAAAGGAGGAGAGAGUAUAUGUGA